GUAGAUAAUAAAUCUUCUUCCAUCAUGAUUACUGCUCUCUUCACGAACCUUCCUGAGGAUUCUUGGUGACUGACAAUUGAUUCCCAUCCACUUCACACAGCGAAGGCAGGUGGUCGGUGGACGCACUCGGGGUGUAUGUGUUGCGCACCCGUGGCUUCCACGCCUGUUCAAACUUGCAGACAGCCUCGAGCCCCUUCGGAAGUGCCGAGCCCUGUGCCACGUGAGCGACCCUCUCUGGUUUCGGCGGGUGGAAGAUUGGAAAAUUCCUCUCGGUGGCGCAUCGAUUCGGAAUCAACUCCGCCGGGUGGGGCGGCAAAUCCCGAAUCAGGAAGGCGGAAUGAGAGCAGCCUGGAGAUCAUGGAUGCCCAAUCAUAUUAUGGACGAUCCACUGGUCAGGCAUCUUCUUUUCCUCCUUCACAUGCAUUAGGUUCAAAGGUUCAGGGUUCUCUAUCUGAUAGUCUGUUUCUGACCUGCCUGCAGCAACCGUAGUUCAUCAUGCACAACAUAUGCAUGUAGGAUUCUGGCUGACUCGCUUGUUUCGAGGGUUCACCGCCCGGUCGGCUGCUAAUAAUAGAUUUGGACUGAG